GUGGGCACAGCCCCAGCCCCUCUCCCCCCACAGCCAGAGAACAUCAUGCUGCUGGACAAGAACGUGCCAAACCCUCGCAUCAAACUCAUCGACUUCGGCAUCGCCCACAAGAUCGAGGCUGGCAACGAGUUCAAGAAUAUCUUUGGGACCCCAGAGUUUGUAGCCCCAGAAAUUGUGAACUACGAGCCCCUGGGGCUGGAGGCUGACAUGUGGAGCAUCGGGGUCAUCACCUACAUCCUGCUGAGCGGAGCCUCCCCGUUCCUGGGGGAGACAAAGCAGGAGACGCUGACCAACAUCUCUGCUGUCAACUACGACUUCGAUGAGGAAUAUUUCAGCAACACCAGCGAGCUGGCCAAGGACUUCAUCCGCCGCCUGCUGGUCAAGGACCCCAAGUGAGGGACAGGAGCAGAGCUGGGGAG